AUGGAAAUAGAGACUAGAGGCAAAUAUAUACCUCAGCUUCCGCUUUUCAACCCCUCCUCUCUCCUCUUCGCUCUCUCCAUCUCUCUCCCGACUCAGAUAGGCGACGGCGGCUACUGCGACCUCAACGCCCUUCCGUGUUGGCGCGCCUCUGCUGUCCUCGCCCCGGCCUUUUCCCCUUCUCUUCCUCCCUCUCUCCUCGUCUCCCUCUCUCCCGAGGGCAUCGCGGGGGCAGCAGCGGCGGCGGCCCGCUUCCCUCCGGUCAGCACCACUCCCGUGUCGGCGCGCCUCUGCCCUGGCCUUCCCCUUCUCUUCCUCCCUCUCUCCUCGUCUCCUUCUCUCCCGAGGGCGUCGCACGGGCGGCGGUGGCGGCCCAUUUCCCUCCGGUCAGCACCACUUCACGGGAGGUGGUCACUGUUCGGUUCUGCUCAGCAAAUAGGAGGACAAUCAGCAUGCCUACGUAUUUUGCUGGUACAUGUUUAUUUGGUGCUUACAUAUUUAAGGUUUUCUUUUCAAGGUCAUAGGACCACGAAGAUAAUAAAGAAGUUGGAACCUACCUGCUACAUUCUAGCAGCAUGCAAAAGGAAUAAUGAUUUUCUGGUGCUAUGGAUAGUCCUAGAAGACAUUGAUUUUCGACAACAGGUGUGGUGUUCCCAAAAUGUCAUACAGAUGUCUUGCCAGCACUUACUCCAGCUAUACAUAAUUCUCAGACCUAUGGUUCACCCAAAUAUGUUGCGGACGGUCUAAGCGAUAGAAUGUCCUCACAUGUUGAGACUUUGAGUUUAGGAGAUUUUCGGCAGAUCCAAAAUAUGACGAGCCUACGGAAUGAUGUGGUGUAUGGUUUAAAACCAUCUGAUCGAACGGUUUGUGAGUUAACAGAUCUACUGUUGGUUCCGAGCACAUGCCCUAUUCCCAAAGAUUACAUUGUCAAACACUUUGGUUGUCCGCGAACUACAUACACAGAAUCGUUCAUGUUUUAUCCACUUUACUUCAAGCCCUGUCAAAUCCUCUUGGUACUUCAGAUCAAAAUGUUCAGCCACCAUAUGUAGUGAAACAUGUACAGAAUAAAAUAUCAGCAACCAUCAUGUAUGAACCUAUGUACCUGUUAAACUCAGCUUUUAGAUGGUGCAGCAGCGUUUCACCAUGCUACAUAUUUCUCCAGCGUUUUCUUGUGAACUCCAUAAGACCAUAACCAUGUCAUUUUACACUAAAUUCUUUUUCAUGCCUUAUAUAUGACAAACUUUUGAA